AUGGCAAUCGCAUUGGCAGAAGCGGACAAGUAUGAGGUCCUCGAGAGAAUAGGAAGUGGUUCUUUUGGGGUGAUUCGGAAGGUGAAGCGGAAGUCAGACGGAUACAUUUUAUGCCGGAAAGAAAUCAAUUACAUAAAAAUGUCGCAGAAAGAACGUGAGCAGCUCACAACCGAAUUCAACAUCCUGAGUUCCCUUCGACAUCCAAACAUCGUGGCAUAUUAUCAUCGGGAACAUUUAAAAGCAACUCAAGAUCUCUACUUGUACAUGGAAUAUUGUGGUGGCGGAGAUCUCAGCAUGGUGAUAAAAAGCCUCAAAACGAAUAAUAAAUAUGCUGAAGAAGAAUACGUCUGGCGCGUCCUUUCGCAGUUGGCUACAGCACUCUAUCGCUGCCACUAUGGUGUCGAUCCUCCCGAGGUUGGCUCAAACGUCUUUGGCCCCACCUCCUCCACAAGGCCAACGGGGCUAAAAGGGAAGCAAGCUCAGGUUAUGAUUCUUCAUCGUGAUCUAAAGCCGGAAAACAUUUUCCUUGGAGCGGAUCAGUCAGUAAAAUUGGGCGACUUUGGCUUAUCUAAACUCAUGGGCUCUCAUGAUUUUGCAUCAACUUACGUUGGUACUCCUUUUUAUAUGUCCCCAGAGAUUUCCGCUGGUGAAAAAUACACCCUCCACUCCGAUAUUUGGGCUGUUGGCUGCAUAAUGUACGAACUAUGCACCCAUGAACCACCGUUUAACGCCAGAACACACCUGCAGUUAGUACAAAAAAUUCGCGAAGGGCGAUAUCCCCCCUUGCCGGAUUUAUAUUCUCCAGAACUCAGAAGUGUUAUUGCCAACUGUUUGCGCGUCAAUCCAGAUCACCGCCCUGAUACGGCAGGGCUAUUAAAGCUUCCGGUAAUUCGGCUAAUGAGAAAAGAAAAGGAGGUUGUUGACCUGGGAAAUUCUUUGCGUACCAGGGAAGAUGCAGCUUUACAGAGGAUCAAAGAAUUGGAACUUAGAUGUGCCCAAAUGGAUAAAGAAAAGGCUGCGAUGAAGAUAGAUAUCGGUAAUUCGGUUCGUCGUGAGUGGGAAGUCAAAGCGAGACUGGAAAUUGAUCGACAGGUUCAAAUGGAGCUUGAAUCUCUUCGAAAACGUUUCGAAACUGAGGUGCAAGAUCGGGUGGCACUCGAGCUACAGAAGAUGAGGGUCACAAUACAAACCCAAUCACAACAGGUUGAGGAUGAUUGUCCUGGGUCGCCCAAUGACGUUUCUCGCUCCUCUGUCGGAACCGAUGAUACAGACUUUCCUUCAUCGACAGAUUUGAGUGCUCUCUCCCUCGAAUCGCCGACCUCGGACCAAAGCAAAACGAGUAAAAAAUAUAACAGAACACCCUUUGCCCGUGCUAGGUCGGCGCUAGAAUCCCCAGUCGAUAUUCAAAUGGCUGAGCCAUCUCCUAUGUCAAUUGCGUCACUUUCGCUCUCUCCACGGCGCGUGCAUCUUGGAUCAACUGCAAGAAAUAUUUUCGCUGACGGUGGAAAGAAAGCUCCGAAAUGGGAUACGGCACUUAUGUAUUCGGACGAUGAAGAUGAUGUCCCAGAUCUUCCGUCGCCUACUCGGCCACAGGUCAAAGCUGAUCCAUUCAAAGCUCCACAUAGGCCGUUAUUACGACAAAAUACCACGGCAAUGAUGCAAAGACUUAGUACUCAACCAAGCCUGUUCCCUUCCAAGCCCACAACACAACCUACGCAGUCUAAUGGUCCUCCUCAGUCAGACGCCCGUGCGACAGAGUCACGACCCAAGUCUCCACAUCGUCGUCUAUCUAAAAUUCCUUCUUGCACAAGCCUAGCCCUAGAUGGCGGGUCGCCUCGAAGAGCAGCAAUGAAAGCUCCAAUCUCCAAAGCAAACGGUGGGGGAGAGGAUAUGUUCAAAGCUGUUAUGCAGAGAAAUAUGGGUGGGAGGACAUUGGUUGAGUUGGCUCAAGCUCGCGCUGGUGGUAGGCCUAUUGAGGAGCUGAAACGCCCUGGAGGACUGGCAACCACCAAAUCCAUCGAAAGAGAUCCACCUGCUACUUGGGACCCAGAAAAGGACGAGAUGCCCAGCCCCUUUUUGGCUCGUGGGGCAAAAAUCAUUCGAAAUUUCCGUUGA